CAGAAAGGCAACUUCACCAUAUUUAGCUGGCUUACCGAAGCCCCGCAGAGUUAUCUGUCAAGCAGACAGAAAAUCUUGACAGUUAUCGGUGGACACGGUUCGGUGUUGACAGCUGUAUUUUCAUCCCGGGAUUGAUACUGUAGAAAACGGCAUCGUUAGGAUAUGGUGCUUGGGAAACGGGGCCGUGCCAACGGCUGUUUUUAACGCGAUAAAAGUCGCCGUCGUCUGUCAGAAUUCCAACUAUCCAACAGCCGAGCUAGCCAGCUAGCUAAUUACUGUAGCUACACCGACGCUCGCUCUGCUGUAGAUACGAAUUUAUGUUGCCUUUCUAAUGUCCAGUUAUCGGUAGGAAUUCGUUUGGACUCAAUGACCCCGCUGUGAUGAUAUCCUGACAGCCCCUCUCAUCCGUUCCAGACACUUUCCUAAGCCUGGCUAGCGAGCUAAUUUGGCUAACUAGCAGGUUUCCUCUGCUACGGGGUCGCGUUCAGCAACCAGUAACUUAACGUUAGCUUUCGCAGCGGCAGUAAAAUCCGAUUGGAUACGUUGACGGUGUGCAAACGGCGGUGUGCGGGGACGCCGGAGAUCCCCGGCCGGCGAAACGACCGUACCAAAGUGCCCCUUUUGACAGUCGGCAGGGAGUGGAGCUAGAAGAGACCAGGGUACUUGACCAUUCAGCGCGACAGAGGCGGCGCACCGCCGAAGGAGACACCGGAUUGAACGGAGGAAGAGUCCCAAAUCUUUGACAACUGUGAUCCGGGUAGUGAACCGGGCAGGGACCUCAUGAAUGGAAAUCGGAACUACAGGAGCCGUUGGGGCCCAGUCCCUGUUCUCCAUGCCUCGACGGCCUGGAUAUGGCACCAUGGGGAAGCCCAUCAAGCUACUGGCCAACUGUUUCCAGGUGGAUAUCCCCAAGAUGGAUGUCUACCUCUACGAGGUGGACAUCAAGCCUGACAAGUGCCCACGGCGAGUCAACAGGGAGGUGGUUGAUUCUAUGGUGCAGCACUUCAAGGUGACAAUCUUUGGGGACCGCAGGCCUGUCUAUGAUGGAAAGAAGAGCCUGUACACAGCCAACCCACUGCCUGUGGCACCAACAGGGGUGGACCUGGAUGUCACUCUGCCAGGAGAGGGAGGGAAAGAUCGCCCUUUCAAAGUUUCCAUCAAGUUUGUAUCUCUGGUCAGCUGGCACAUGCUCCAUGAGGUGCUGACUGGCCGCAGCAUGCCUGAGCCCCUGGAGCUGGACAAACCUAUCAGCACCAACCCCGUCCACGCAGUGGAUGUAGUGCUCCGACACCUGCCCUCGAUGAAGUACACUCCAGUGGGUCGAUCCUUCUUCUCGGCUCCAGAGGGAUACGACCAUCCCCUGGGAGGAGGGAGGGAGGUUUGGUUCGGCUUCCAUCAAUCUGUGCGCCCUGCCAUGUGGAAGAUGAUGCUUAACAUCGAUGUGUCUGCCACCGCCUUCUACAAGGCCCAGCCAGUCAUCCAGUUCAUGUGUGAAGUGCUGGACAUCCACAACAUAGACGAGCAGCCUCGCCCUCUCACAGACUCGCACCGGGUCAAAUUCACCAAAGAAAUCAAAGGUUUGAAGGUGGAGGUGACACACUGUGGAACCAUGCGGAGGAAGUACCGCGUCUGCAAUGUGACCCGUCGGCCUGCUAGCCAUCAAACGUUUCCUCUACAGUUGGAAAAUGGUCAGACAGUAGAGCGAACUGUAGCCCAGUACUUCAGGGAGAAGUACAACCUGCAGCUUAAGUAUCCCCAUUUGCCCUGUCUACAGGUGGGCCAGGAGCAAAAGCACACCUACCUGCCCCUGGAGGUGUGUAACAUUGUAGCUGGUCAACGGUGCAUCAAGAAGCUGACAGAUAAUCAGACCUCCACAAUGAUCAAAGCCACAGCUCGCUCUGCGCCCGACAGGCAGGAGGAGAUCAGCAGACUGGUGCGCAGUGCCAACUAUGAGGCAGACCCGUUUGUGCAGGAAUUCCAGUUCAAGGUGCGAGACGAGAUGGCCCACGUGACGGGGCGAGUGCUACCCGCCCCCAUGCUGCAGUACGGCGGCAGGGUGAGCACAGAGCACUUUAUGAACCGCACUGUAGCCACGCCCAGCCACGGGGUGUGGGACAUGAGGGGAAAGCAGUUCCACACUGGGGUUGAGAUCAAGAUGUGGGCCAUCGCCUGCUUUGCCACACAGAGACAGUGUCGGGAAGAAAUCCUCAAGGGUUUCACAGACCAGCUGCGUAAGAUCUCUAAGGAUGCUGGGAUGCCAAUUCAGGGCCAGCCAUGUUUCUGUAAAUACGCCCAGGGAGCGGACAGCGUGGAGCCCAUGUUCAGGCACCUGAAGAACACCUACGCUGGACUGCAGCUUAUCAUCGUCAUUCUGCCAGGAAAAACUCCUGUCUAUGCGGAGGUAAAGCGUGUUGGAGACACCCUCUUGGGCAUGGCCACGCAGUGUGUCCAGGUGAAGAAUGUGGUGAAGACGUCACCACAGACCCUCUCCAACCUCUGCCUCAAGAUCAAUGUGAAGCUUGGAGGCAUCAACAACAUCCUGGUACCUCACCAACGACCAUCAGUGUUUCAGCAGCCAGUUAUCUUCUUGGGAGCAGAUGUUACACAUCCACCUGCUGGAGAUGGGAAGAAGCCUUCAAUCGCAGCAGUUGUAGGCAGCAUGGACGCCCACCCCAGCAGGUAUUGUGCCACAGUGCGGGUCCAGAGGCCCAGGCAGGAGGUCAUCCAGGACCUGGCCUCCAUGGUGAGGGAAUUACUCAUCCAGUUUUACAAGUCAACCCGCUACAAGCCCACCAGGAUCAUUUUCUACAGGGAUGGAGUUUCAGAAGGCCAGUUCAGACAGGUGCUUUAUUAUGAGCUGCUGGCCAUUCGUGAGGCCUGUAUAAGCCUGGAGAAGGAGUACCAACCAGGCAUCACCUACAUUGUUGUGCAAAAACGCCACCAUACACGCCUCUUCUGUGCCGACCGCAACGAGAGAGUUGGACGUAGCGGAAACAUUCCUGCUGGUACUACCGUGGAUACGGACAUCACGCAUCCCUACGAGUUUGACUUUUACCUCUGCAGUCACGCUGGAAUACAGGGCACCAGUCGGCCCUCUCACUACCAUGUGCUGUGGGACGACAACUGUUUUACUGCUGACGAGUUCCAGCUGCUCACCUACCAGUUGUGCCACACCUACGUGCGCUGUACCCGCUCAGUCUCCAUCCCUGCGCCAGCCUACUACGCCCAUCUGGUGGCCUUCCGUGCCCGCUACCAUCUGGUGGACAAAGAACAUGACAGCGCUGAGGGCAGCCAUGUCUCUGGUCAGAGUAACGGACGGGACCCCCAGGCGCUGGCCAAAGCUGUUCAGAUUCACCACGACACCCUGAGGACCAUGUACUUCGCCUGAGCUCCACUGACCCUCCCCAACCAUCGCAACCCUUAACAACACACAGAAACACACACAGACACAAACAUGCACACCUGGCUUGCCAGUCAAGGAGUCCUCAUAUGUGCAAGUCUUGCCCCCAAUUCCCCCCCCCCGCCCCCACACGCCUAGUCAAUCCGGACCUGACACUGUGCAGAGGAAAGCAGGGAGGAGGAAGGGGAGGAAUUACUCCCACACUGGACUGAGGAUGCAAACGCUGCUUUAAAAACAAACAAGAGAGAAACUCGGCACUAUUAUGCAAUAUUAAACCAGCCAACUAGUUUAUUUUUACCCUCAUCAGGCCCCUUUUUCAUUGCCCCUCCAAACUAUUCUUCUUCUGUUUGUCUCUUUUACCUGUGGCCUAGUGAGUGUUUUUCUUGUUUGUUUUUAUGUUUCCCUUCCUUUAGCACACUCACUCUUUCAGUUUACUAAUCUGCUCCUUUGCCAUCUACAGUACCUCAAGUCAAUUUGAGCAGCAGCACUUUCACAUUCUGUCAGUUUUACUGUAGUUUGUCCUUGACUCUCCCCUUGCAUCAGAAAUGGGGAAGCAGAUAAGGAAGGGUCAGACUCUGGUGUUGUUAAGUGGUGUGUGAUUUAUUUUGGAAUGCAGUUGUUUCAUUGGACCAGAGGUCCUUCCAGUUGCCACUUUUAUUUUUCCUUCUUCUUCUUGUUUCCUCUAUUCUGUCACUUUCCAGUAGCGUAGGGAAUCACCAGUUCUUUUGAGCACACUGCCACCUGUUGGCGACGAGGUAUAAAUGCCCCCUAAAGUUACAAAAAGGAGUUGUUGUCUUCUAAGGUUUCAGAUCGGCCUUGUAGCUGUCACAUUUAAACAGGGGCAGUUUAUUUUGGCUGAUAUAUCAGUUGCUCAACUUCAGCCAUCUUUGGUUUUCAUUUAAAGUUUAACACUUUUAUUUAAUUCUGGUUGUUAUUUUUCUUCUUCAUUAUGUGAAACAUUUUAUGAUUUUUAGUUGUUUUUUUUUUAAUCAUUUAAAAUCAUGUGAGCUUAUGUUUUGUUUUUUUUUUAAUCUCGUGCAUUCAUUUCCCUCAGUGCUUGAUUGCACAUUUCCCUCUCAGAUUUCCAUCUGAGAUGACGAGUAAAUAGAGCUCAAUGGUUUAUAGAUGUUGAUGGUUUUCUCUUGUGCAAUAAUCAGUUGAAGCAAAUGGAAGAGGAUUUUAGGGGACUUAAAUGACUCAAAAGAACAGUUACACAUUUCAUUCGAAAGUGAGUGUCCUCGAAGAGAGAAAGGUUUGCCACUUGCUCGGCACUUUCUUGUAUUGCUCCUCUGUGAGACGAUCGAUCAGCAUGUUUUAUGAGUUUGUCCUUGCUGCUGGUGCAACUGCAGUUCUGGUGAUUUUAAUGUUUUUACUUGAAUUGAAGGAUUUUAUGCGCCUAGGUGGUUUGACAACACUUUAUUGUCACUGGGCAUAGUUUCAGAAUUCCUGAUCACCAGUUUGUUAACAAGGCUGAUUUUCUUAAUUCCUGAGACUAACAAAACUUUUCACCUGACCGCAGCAAAGGGGAGUAUAAGGGCCAUAUAGAGGUAGUAUUCAAGUGCCUGGUGGAAGUUAAGUGUUACAUGGUCAAAAGCUGCAGAACUCCUUAUAAUCCUAUGAUCCUAUUUCAUUGGGGUAAAAUAAUCAAAAAGCAUAUUCUAACAAAUAAAAAAAAAAAGACAGCAUAGGAUGGUUUAAAGCAAGAAAGUUUCACCUGAUGCCUCUUACUCUUCUCAACAACUAUCUACUGACUUUUCUACACAUCUCAUUGAAAUGAUCCUGAGAUCAGCGUAUUUAUUGUGUUUGCCUGUACAGCGGUAUUAGCUGUCGGCUUUGCUUCGGAGCACCGUUCAAGCAAAGCAGGCAGGGUUAUCUUUUUACUUAAUCUUCACCCAAUGUGGAUCCGCCUGCUGCGGUGUGUUUGAACCUAAAAAGGUCGGAUCCAAGGGCGUGGAGUCGGCCUCAUCAUAAACUGUUUCUCUCAGUAGAAGUCCCGAGUCCAGGACUUGGUUUAGUUCCUAUCCAUGUAACUGGCCUGGAGUUGCAACUGGCUUCAGAACAAUGCUGAGGAGUUAAGUUAGUGACCGAUGUUUGCAGCAGAUGUACGGCUGACCGUCGUUGUGUGAAAUGUGUAUCUGGAUUAUAGUCGCCACUUAUCUCCUCUGUGCCGCUGAUGACCUGAAGCUCGUCAAGGCGGUGUUUUUACAAGUUAUCUGCACUAAAAGAAGCUGUGUUUCGGGACUGAACACAGGCGUGGUGCUACUUUGUCUGAACCUCUAUAUGAGACUCGAAGAGCAGAUGGGUAGGGUUGGAAUAAAAAAAAAAAAACAAACGGUAAACCUCACUCACAGGAGAAGGAGGAGGAGAAGACCCCGCUGCUGUGGUUGGUGGUGCGGGGAGCUCUAGGUUUAGGGUUUCUCUCUGUAGUUGUGAUCAGCAUUGAGAAGUUUGCAGACGUUCCCGUGGAAGGUGACGUACAAUGUGGGCUCCCGCAUCCGCUGUUGCUUUUGACUGCCUUUCAUAGGCUAGGCCUUCCAGCGUGGAAGCCAGUUGGUUUGAGCCUUCGUGAUUUCACUAGUGUCUGAAAGCCUUUUUAAAAAGCCAGAUCUAAAGUAUAUUUGUACAUUUUAAAUUAUGUAAUGCACACCACUUAUUUUUGCUAACAGAAAACAGUGUAGUCUAAUUAUUAAUCUUAGUAAUAAAUGUAUCAUGAUAAGUAAUGGUUAAAAAGAUAAAAAAGUUUUAUUAUUGCAAUAGACUGUUGACUUGUUCCUGUGUCACUAUAACGUGUAGUGUAUGUGUGAACAGUGGUGGGGUUGUUGAAACUAGUGACGUGUGUUUGGACUGUCAUACUGUUAUUGAUAGGGAUGUGGACUUAAACCGCCUCUUGCAUUGAUGUUUGGGAGAAAAAAAAAGCUGCGAGAUGUUAAAUUCUUAUUUCACUCCCUCACUUCUUUUUUUGUAGAUGUUCGUACAGUCACAGGUUUGUCACAGAGGAGAGAGAAUCGAGAGAGAAAAUAUUACAUAUUGUACUGCGAAAGGCAUCGUAUUUAGACUUUACAUCCCUGUUGUGAUGACAGACGGUAGGAUAGAAGAAGAAAAAGAGUCGAUGAAUUGAGCAGAGAUUGUGCUCCUGAAUGUUCUCGGGUUUUCUUCAUCUGGUGCUGAUGCUUGCUCCUUAUCAAAUGGGAGAGGAAAAAGGAAUGGGCAAGUGGUUUUGAAAGUGUGAUCGUGCCAUUUCAAAGACACAUGUGAUCAAACAAUAUUGUGACAAGGAGUAGUAGUUCUCCAUUCCUUUUGUGUUUAAGGCCUUGGGGGGAUUUGUGUCAGAUUGCAACCUCUGUUGCUUUCCUCUGACUCCUGUGUUUACCCAAGCCACUUCAUGUGCUCACAAAUACAAAGAGUUAGCCUCCUGAUAAAUCUGCAGUGUGACAAAGCCUGUAAUCUUAUUGUUGCUCUCUUUUCCUUUGCUCCCGAACAUUUACUCCCCUGUGCCAGAGGACUACAUUCCACGGCCAAUGUACAAUCCCAUCCCCCGCCGAAGGCAUAAGAAAGAUUAGAGCUGAAGGACAAUAAUGGGGUUUGGUUAGAAAGGUAUAGCGGGUUCUGUUAUUCAUCCAAGUCUUUGUGAUUCAGAAGGAAUCAAAGCUGAUCAACGCUAACUUAAUGCGGCACGUUGUGUUGAUGUCUGGAGGUUAAUUGCAAGAAUCCAUUUAGAAUUCGCUCUCUUCUCCCCUGUCUCUAAUGGAUGUUCAGAUUGUGUAUAAAUUACUCUCUCGAGGGCAAUUGAACACACGUUUACAUAACAGAAGUGUUUGCCUUGCUUACAACUAAAAUGUCAUCAGCUCUGCUUCGCAAAUAUUUAGCUAGUAGAGAAGUGACCUAACACGAGCAAGACCAUUUGGGCCAUGUGGAAGUGAAACGCUUGAAGGGAUACAAACACAUUAUUUAUUUUGGUUAGUUUUUCCUCAGCAGAUAUCAGUGUUGCACAGCAGGGGAGUGUACUUGUGUGUCCUUCCAGUUCUAUUAAGAUGACAAGUUUGAUUUGACUGAAUUAAAAGGGCAUGCUCAGCUCACAGCUGGCAGCUAGUUGUGCCCUUUGGCUCUCAAUUAGAAUUGCUAACAAUACAUACUUACACAAGUCUUUUUGUGGAAGCUGAAGAUCAAACACCUUACCCACACAGUCACACACUCUCCAGUGAAGAAAAAUGGCCAAAUUAACUCAAGAAGGUCAGUGUCUCCCCUUUUGUAAGUGGAAGUCAAAGUUGUAUUCCAUUUCGAGUAAUUGAUCAAUAUCCCUAAUUUUGGUUGCUCUUUGCAGUGGAAGGUAGCAAUGGAGUGAGAAAAAGUCCACAGAAAGUGCCUUUCCUCUUGAUGGUGCUGUCAAUUGAAAGAUAAAAUGUAAAAUCAAACAAAUAGAAUCUCCUUUUCAAGAACACAUUGCAGUGCGGGAAUGGCUGCAUGCACACACACUCACUGUACACGUUUUUGGUGGGUUUCUUUUUUUAGAGACGGCGAUGCAAACUCGUGUUUCAUGCGUUUAGAUUGUCAAGCCUCCGUAGAAAUAGAGUAUAUGCCAAGUAUAUGAUUGUGGUUGAGCUUUCGCUUCCUAGUGCAUUUAGUGUCUUGGACCAAUGGUGUCGUUGGUACAGUGGAAUGUGCGUUUGGGUGGGAGGUCAAUGGGGGUGGUUGGUGGGGGUCGUAGCUGACACUAGCGUGGUGUGACGCAGCCCAGCCCACGAAUGACAAACAUAGCACAGCACUUUAGAGACUGCCACUCUCACUCAGACACAUAGCCAACAGGUUUGGAUCUCUGUCCCUCCACUCCCCUUCUCUCUCCUGAACGGAGAAGAAGAGGAGGAGGAGGACGAGAGGGUCCAAAACCUCAGCGUAAACGAGGAGUCGAAGGGAUGUGUGUUACCAAACAAAGCAGCCGGUCAUUUAAAGCGUGCCUCAUGCUCUCGUGACUUUGUUGGUGGCUCGGUUGAGUCAGCCUGCUCUCUAACGACGGCUUCCCUUGUGGAACUGCCACUCGAUGCUUUGUUACAGCUAGGGCUGGGUGUCAAAACACGAUAUCAGCACCUCCCAGAUUCUGGUGUCAGAAUUUUAAAAUGUCCCCAGACAUAAAAAAAGGUUUUACAAUAGCCUGUUCUUGCACUGAGGAAUCAAUGUUUUUCUUUUUGAAGGGCAUUUUUACCAAGUAAUUCAACAUAACAGGAUGGAAAUCUUCUUGGAAAAUAGCUUCUUUUUCCCCCCCACAGAAAAUGAUUUGGUCUGCUGCGUAGUGAAGUCAUUCUGAAGUGUCAUUUUUACAGCAGGCACAGAGAUGAAAUCAGACAGAACCAGUGUCAGUAUUGAAGCUUUUCUCACGAUGCCCAGCCCUAGUAGCAGCCCAUGGCAUUCUUUCAUCGUAGUGCAAUGCCCUGCCAUGUGUCUUGUCCCUGAUGGAGGAAAAUGUGUGCCCAGCAGUAUCCCUGUCUUGAGCCUGUAGGGUGCCGGCUGAAAACCAACAGUGGUCUGUAGUUCUGUGGGUACCUUUCCAGUCCAGGGGGUGAAGUCUUUCUAUUACAAGAGAUCUCUAAAAACACUGCACCUCACUUACCUUGGUAUGCUGCAUAUGUUAUACUACAUGAAAGAAAACUGCAAAUUGCUUUUAUUAUGACAUAUAAUGCUUGAGUAAUGCCUGAUUGCGAUAUUCUUAUACAGUAACUAUUUUAGAGUCAAAAUAAGUAUAACUGUAAAAAAAAUAUUCUGUUUUGUCUUAACACUUAUCCGAUUUUGAGAAGUUGUUCUUGAGCCGACUUUUAUUUUGUUGUCCUAUUUAAAUGUGUCGUUCUUUAAAUUUAUAUAUGAAAUAUAUAUAUGCGGAAUAUUUUAUGGUGUAUUUAUUGAGAGUGCGUUCAAGCGGCUGGAGUCUCCGCAUCCUAUAUUUUUUGCAGCAUGGUGGGGGUGGAGCCAAGAGGACGAGGCCUUUAGCCCCUCCCCCUCCAUGUUGACGCCUUAUUCUCCGAGACACGCAAGCACAACAAUAUGGAGGGGGGGGUGCGAGGUGGAGGAAAGGGAUGAGGUGGAUUUGACUUGGCUAUGCAGAGCUGGGUGUCAGCUCUCCCUUCUCCUUUUCUUAUUAUUCUUUACCCUCCACUCUUCUUUUGCCACCCGAGAAGGUCGAAUGCCAGCCCCCACGCGUUGCAGCUCAUCUCUGACGAAGGGAACCAUUUCUGUACCACACACUGACUUGUUUUUUUUUUUUCUUUUCCCAUCCCAAGCUGCUAAUUGGUACGUUAGCCAUGUAAAUUCCCCGAGCCAAUAAAUGGCAGGCGGGAGAGCAUAAAAUUAAAAAAGCAGCUGGGGAAGGAAAGAAAGAUGUUGGAAAGGCAGAACUCUUUGGAUCACGGUGAAAAUCUUAGCGUAGUUGUUGCUUCUUUCCUCUUAAAAUUGUCUCCUGUCAAGGUUUUUUUUUUUUCUUUUUUCUUGUGCCACAACAUUUUACAGCAGCAACAGGUCUCAUUCCAAGACAUGCCUCAGCCUUAAGUGUGUUCUUACAUAAAUGUCAGAUUUCUGUGACUUUGCAAUGCCUGUGUUGGGUGGCCUACAAAGAAAACAAGCCUACAUACUUGAUCUACCCCGAGUUCCCCAACCAGCAUCCUCAUCUCUUCUUGUUUCUCACGUAAACCACUAACAUUGCAACAGAACUUAGUGAACUCUGAUGUACGAACACGUGUAAGCUUUUAAAAAUUUUCUUUUUCCUUUUUUCUUUUUUUACUCAUAUAUAAACAGAAACCAGGUCUGGGUUUAAACAGCGUUUGAACACUGUUCGUGGCAUUUGUUUUAACAAGAUGAGCAGUGCUUACUGCCUCAGGACAAUUCAGAAAGCCCAUCCAUCCAUCCAUUCAUCCACAAUAUGUACUGCACGUUUCAAAUGACUUCUGAAUCACAUGAAAUCAGACGCUAAUUUGACAUCUGUACUCAUCCCUGUCUCGUCAUCGUAUUGUUGUUGAUGGCAAAGCCAAAGAACAGUAUUCUCAGAUGCGGUUUGACUCUGGCCUGACAGGAACUAGGAUGUUCCCCAUAGUGCUGGAUUACAGAGACCUGUGCCUGUAUAAUGCAACAAGGAUGAGUUGUGUUGUGAUGAAUUGCUGUUCUUUUCUUGUUUUGUUUUGUUUUUUUUUAAACUUUUUUUGUUGGUUCUCCCCAUCACCCCAUCGGAGGAUCAGAGACAUGGAGACUUUGAGUGUUGUCAAUCCUGUUCCAAGAUAAAUAGGCCCUCUGUCCAUUAAACCAAAUAAUAAUGUUGGUUUAAUAAGUGUUUACUGUAAUGUUUACUCCCAUGGCUAUCAGAUGUUUAACCUGUUUUCAUCCCAUUAGCAUUCCAAUAAUGACUUUGAACCAAAUAUUGCACAAGAGAUUAGGCACCUGAUGCUGUUUUCUCCCCUUGUAUAAAGACAGAUAUUUCACAGUGGCCAAGGAUUUAACACGUUGAUUUGAAAUGUGUACGCUGAUUGUUCAGAUUAUGUUCAAUGUAGCACCUCGCUCUCUAGUCGGUUUUACUUCAAACUAAAGAUCUUGGGUGGCUCUGAUACGUCAGCGGGAGGCACCAGCAAUCGGAUGUGCACGUCGAACAGUGACAGAAGCUUCACCACCAGAUGAUCCAUGUCUCCGUCUCUCUGUAUGUUGCAAAGGCUCUGUUGUACCAACAGCCCUAUUCCUUUCAGUUUUAAUGUCUUUCUUUUGUAACUCUCUCUUGUAGUUUGUUGGCCUUUUAGCGUUGCUUUGCUUCAGUUUGAAGUGUAUCUUUGACUAAUACUUGCAAUAAAAUGCUUUGCUUUA